AUGACAUUAAGGGCCACGCCGCUUCUAAGGCGUUGUUCCCGACAUAUUCACUGUACUAUACCACCUCGGGAAGCUUCCAAGGGCAAAGAGCUACCUAGAGUGAAUCCUUUGGGCAUUCAAUACUUGUCUAAUGAAAUCCAUAAAAAAGUGUUUCCCAAAAACCCUCCCAAUGCAUAUAAGAAAUCAGAGAACCCUGAGCUUCUCGAAUUGACGAAGAAGCACCUAGAUCAUAACCAUCUCCUCGGCAAGAAGACCAACAUCACGGACCCUAUCACGAUACCCAAUUUGCCCGAUCUUGUGGGCAAAAACUCCCUUGAUGAGCAUUUUACCAGAAUUGGCUUUGAGGCUGCCCUGCCGUACCUUCAAAUGGCAGAGACUUUCUUCAAAGAUGACAUGAACCUACCGAAGCAACCUAAAGAAUGGGAGUUCAAAGCAGGCUGGACCCGCUAUGCUCCUGGAAAGAAACCUGAAAGCGUGGAUUACCCUUUGGAAAAGGAAUUGGUCUUCGACGUGGAAGUCAUGUAUAAGAAGUCGCCUUAUGCUGUUCUAUGUACGGCUGUAUCGCCAAAGGCGUGGUACGCCUGGGUCUCUCCAGUCCUCACAAGUAAAACGACAAACUGGAAUCAUCUAAUACCUUUUAAUACCCAAGAUGAGGAAAAACUUUUGGUCGGAUACAACGUGAGUUACGAUAGAGCUCGUAUUCUUGAAGAGUACAACAUCAAGGAGUCCAAAGCCUUUUUCUUAGACGGCAUGGCGCUUCAUAUUGCAUUGAGCGGGAUCUGCUCCCAACAGCGACCCGCCUGGGUGAAACACAAAAAACAUAAGGUUGCAUUAGAGGAAUUGGAAACGUCAGAGGGUGCAGACGCUGAGGUAGCCGACUUUGAAACUCCUGAGUCCGAGACCAGCAUCUCCAUGGAUGACAUUGCCAAGGAGUUGACUGAAGACCCAUGGCUUGAUAAGGGAGCAACAAAUUCCUUAGCUAAUGUUGCCGAAUUUCACUGUGGAAUAAAGCUAAAGAAGGACAUAAGAGACACUUUCAGUACUGAAGACAAAUCACUCAUUGUCGACCAGUUUCAAUCAUUGAUGGACUACUGUGCACUGGAUGUUAUAGCCACUUACGAAGUUACGAAGAAGUUGUUCCCACAAUUCAGAGAGAGGAAUCCACAUCCUGUUUCUUUCGCUGCUCUCAAACAGCUAGGCAAACUCUUUUUGCCCACGACUCGCAAAUGGGAUCAAUACCUUGAAAGUGCGGAGGGGGUAUACGAAAAGAACCGUGACGAAGUCAGCACAAUCCUUCAAGAACGUGCAAAUGAACUCGUUCGCUACAUCACCGAGGAAGACGAAUCUCUUAAGCCGGACAUUGAGAAUGAUCCCUGGCUUAGACAGCUCAACUGGACACUAAAAGAACCACGUUACAGGAAAGACGGAUCUCCUGUAGCCAAUCAGGCUUACUUAACGGGUUACCCUGAAUGGUACAGAGAAUUGUUCAAGUCGUCCCAGUCUGAUAACGGGGAAAAGGAACGUGUUAUGAAUAUUACAGUUCGUUCGCGUGUAACACCUUUACUUUUGCGCCUCAAAUGGGAAGGCUAUCCUUUGUUAUGGACUGAUACCAGUGGUUGGUGCUUCAAGGUUCCUUAUGAUGAAGAGAUUAUUGAUUCCAUGCUCGCAAAGAACUAUACUAAAGCUCGCUUGUCACCUAAAGAGUUUGAGGAGAUGCUUCCAGAGUUGCGUGAUAAUGGUGUUUAUGAAUUGUUCAAGGUUCCUCAUCCCGAAGGAGCUAGAAAGCGCUGUACGAUCAUCAUGUCGAAAAGCUACUUGAGAUACUUUGAGAGUGGAGUUCUCACAUCAGAGUACGACUAUGCUACAAAGAUUCUCAGCUUGAAUGCUACUGCGUCAUAUUGGAUCGGUAACAGGGCACGUAUCUCGGAACAAUUUGUGGUUUAUGCUGAUCCCAAGGGAAAAGAGAAUAACUUCUUUAAGAAUAAGAAGGACUGCAAGGCGCAUUCAGACAUGGGCAUUAUCAUUCCUAAGCUUUGUACCAUGGGAACAAUCACGAGACGUGCAACAGAGAAUACAUGGCUCACAGCGUCUAACAGUAAGGCUAACAGAAUUGGAUCGGAACUUAAAGCUAUGAUCGAGGCCCCUGAUGGAUACGCGUUUGUUGGUGCAGAUGUUGACUCUGAAGAACUUUGGAUUGCUUCAUUGAUUGGUGACUCUAUGUUCCGCAUUCACGGUGGUACCUCUCUUGGAUGGAUGUGCUUGGAGGGUGAUAAGUCUGAGAAGACAGACUUACAUUCAAGAACAGCCGACAUUAUGGGAAUCCUGAGAAAUGAUGCCAAGGUCUUUAACUACGGAAGAAUUUAUGGUGCUGGUGUAAAGUUUGCAACUCGUCUACUCAAACAGUGCAAUGUGAACUUGUCAGACAAGGAAGCUGAAAAGCUUGCCACUGCUUUAUACGAGCAGACCAAAGGACAGACCAGUUAUUCCAAGAUCUUUGAAAGGAGAAUGUACCAUGGUGGAACCGAAUCAGUGAUGUUUAACGCAUUGGAAGCUAUUGCUUAUCAAGAACGGCCAAAGACUCCAGUUUUGGGUGCUUCCAUUACUGAUGCCUUGACGCAGAAGUACCUCAACAAGAACAACUAUUUGACUUCAAGAAUUAACUGGACAAUUCAAAGCAGUGGUGUUGACUACUUACAUCUUCUCGUGAUUUCGAUGGAGUAUCUCCUCAAGAGAUACAAGGUCGACGCCAGAUUAAUGAUUACAGUCCAUGAUGAAGUCAGAUAUAUGGCAAAGGAAGAGGAUAAGUUGAAAUGUGCUCUUCUCCUUCAAAUCUCGAAUCUCUGGACGCGAGCUAUGUUUUGCGAACAGUUGAGGAUUCUCGAGCUUCCACAGUCUUGUGCGUUCUUCUCUGAGGUUGAUAUCGAUCAUGUCUUGAGAAAAGAAGUUCUGCUUGAUUGCGUUACUCCCUCACACCCCGAGGCAAUUCCUCCCGGAAAGUCAUAUGAUAUGAAUGCCCUUUUGGAGGAAGUUAAUGCUGAAGAGGCUUUGAAAGCAAAAUCGAGUGCGCUCAAGUACGACAAGCUUUUGAAUUAUUCGCCUCGACCACCAGUGAUCAGUUCUCUCCAGGCCACCGGUUCAAAGGAUCUUCAGGCUGCCAAGCUUAGACUUCAGAACUCUGUUGACAAGGAUGAUUGGAAGUGCCACGUCUUGAUUCACAACAAGAUCGAGCGCGACGAGGAGAGACGUUUGGCCAAACCUUCUUAUCAGAAACCUGCCACGAGGACUUCCCGCAAAAGAAAGAUCGAGGAGGAGCCAGAUUUGGGCAAGGAUGGAAAUGCCACAUUAAUGGAAGAGAUCAGUAGCUCACCCGCUACGACCACUACUAAGCGUUCCACAAAACCUGCAACUGCGAGGACGUCAACCAGACCAACUCGGAAAACCUACACCAAAACGUCGCUGAAUCAACGCAACCUGAAGCUGUUCAAGCACGCCGAACCAGAACUGGCAUUGCCGGUUUUCAACACAGCUAAGACCGGUAGAGCCAGAUUUGCCGCAGCAUCCCAGUAUGUGACCUCGUCGAGUUUCUCCACCUUUAACGGUGCCUGGGGAGGAACCACUUCAACCAAGAAAUCGCAAGCGAAGAAAGCUGGAGUGAACUACGUUAAGCCAGUCAAGACGGCGCCUCUAACCGAAACCCAGGCUGAAAUCGCCAUGAAAACCAUGUCUGUGGAUCCUAUCUUGAAGAAAGACGAGAUCACCGUUGACUACACCAUCCAAAGCAACCUCCUUACCUGUAGAUUCGCUGGUAUCAGUGACAGGGUCAUUAGAGUUGCUGUGAGUAGUGCUAUAGAUAACAUCAAGACGAUCAUUGAGUGCAUGGAAGAGUUUGACGGGAAGGAGAAGACCAUCUUCAAGAACGAAGAGUAG